AUGACCGUGGCCCGGGUGCUGCUCACCGUGCUCCUGCUGCAAGGGGGGUUUCCAGGGGCUGCCGGUGACUCCGUGACUCUGAAGGAAGGAGAAAACCUAAAUCUUCACUGCACCUUCAGCACCCCCAGCAACAACAACAACAACUCUACCCUGCAGUGGUUAAACCCUCACGGUUUCACCAUUUUCCUCAACACCCAGAGGGUUUUAAGAGACCAGAGGUACAAACUCCUCCGUUAUUCCAAGGAUGAAUUAUCCAUCCAGCUGUCCAACGUGACAGUGCAGGACGAGGGAAUUUACAGCUGCUUCUACUACAGCAGGUACUUCCAAAGCAACAGCCACAAUGUUGAGAUUUUGGCUGCUCCUUCCCCUCCAGUGCUGGAAAUAUCCCAGGACGAAGGAAGAGGCAUCAAACUCUCCUGCUACAGCCAGGGCAGCAAACCCCAGCCCCAGAUUUCCUGGCUGUUGGACAACGGGAUAGAGCUCCCAGGUGACACCAGGCACCAGCUGGGAGCUGAUGGGAAGAAAUGGAGCACAAGCAGCACCCUGAGGAUGCUCAGCUGCAGCCCCAAAGCGACAGCCAGCUGCAUCAUCCAGCACCCUGCACUCAGGGCACAGAGGCUGAUGGCAACUUUCCACUGCCAGGACCUCCCCAGCACGGGCUGCAAACAACCAACCAGACUUCCAGAGGAUGCAGAAUUUCCCAGCCCUUCAGAAAAUCCAGCAGGUUCCAGUUCUCCAGAGAAUCCAGCAGGGACCAGCCCUUCUGCAUCCCCAGAGAAUCCAGAAGAUUCCAGCUCUUCUGCAUCCCCAGAGAAUCCAGAAGUUUCCAGCCCCUCUGCAUCCCCAGAGAAUUCAGAAGAUUCCAGCUUUUCUGCAUCCCCAAAAGAUCCAGCAGUUCCCAGCUCAACACCAGCUCAGCCAAACCUCACAGGUUUCACAUCUAAGGGGCCUGAAGAAACAACAGCAGCAGAAGAAUUGGGAGGUUCAUCGAGUUCUGGGGGGCUUAAUGGGACUGAAACAGCAGCCAGUGGAAAUGGCACCGAGGAGGAGCCUCCCAGGACAGAGGUGCCACCACCACGUGAAAAAAUAACAGUGAUUUCCACCCUCACCCUCGAGCAAAAUCCUGAAUCCAAAAGCAUCGUCAAGAAGGAGAAGAAUCUCCUGCUGCCCAUCCUGGUGGCUGCUCUGAUUUUCGUGCUGCUCAUCAUUGUCCUGCUUUUCAUGGCGAAGCUGAAGAAAGCCCACGGGGUGUGGAAGAGAGAAAAUGAUGUUUCAGAGCAGACACUGGAGAGUUACAAAUCCAGAUCUAACGAAGACAGCCCAAGCCAUGAGGAGAAUGGACCAGGUGUAAAUCCCAAAUCCAACAUGCAAUAUGUAACAGAAGGACACGUGGAAACCCCAGAGAAGAAUCUAGAAACCCCAGAGAAGAAUCUGGAAAACCCAGAGAAGAAUCCAGGCAAUGAAAACACAGCAAUAAGUGAGGAAAUGUUUAAGUGUGGAAGGGAGACAGAUGUGUAACUGUGGAAACUGCCGUUUCCUGAUAUUUGUAUUCAAGUUUUCAGGGAUCUUGAUUUCAAGGAGCAGAAGGGACAAAGAGCUCCAUCCCAAAGCCACCUGGAGGUGCUCUUGUCACCCAGCAGGACAGGGAGAUGGGACUGGUGCUCCUGGAACCCUCAGGGGUUUCAUGAACCACUGCCACAAACAGCUCAUCAACCCCAGCAGCAAUCAGAGUCCUGUGAAGACAUCCAGGCCCCAGUGAAGAUAUUUCUGAUUGAUUUUGUCACCUCCUCCGUGACGACGGGGCUGAGAAGGGAAUCCCAGGUGCUACAAACCAACUGUGACUUUUAUUUUCUCCCUGUGACCCCAAACCUGGAUUUCCAGCUGGAUUUAACCAAGCUGGGAAGCAGCCUGAUGUCCAAAGGAUUAAAAAAAAAAAACAAAAGAAACCCAAAACAGAAAUCCAACCCAAAUUAUUCUAUGUUUUGAUGAUUCUGUGAAGCCUUCAGACGUGAAGGGGAUGUUCCACAUGGGACUGCCCAAAUCCUGGAAUGAGGGCAGCAGGAGAGCUGGGAGUUCUCCAGGACUUCACAGGAACACUUCCUGCUCCAGAAGGGUGAAAGCGAAUCCCUAAAAAAUAAAGGAAA